CAGGGGGAGCGGAGACCCCACGACAUCCUGGUGUCCACAGGCAAAGGCCAUGACACAAAGUUCACUGGCAUGCAACUAGGACAAAUGGAAAGCUGGUAGGACGUAUGAACUGGGAAAUACUUGAAGGCUUGGCAAAUGCAUUCCAGAUUGAAGAACUGCUGUAUUCAUCCCCCUCUUCCUUCUUUGGAGAACUGACUUCUUUAAACAAAGAUAAGGAAGAGAGGAGUAGGAGCUGUAAGAAAAUGCUGGGAUCAGAACGUGGUGUGGUGGAAGAAUGGUUAUCAGAAUUCAAGGCAUUACCUGAAACUCAAAUCUCCAGUUAUGCAGCAACACUACACCGGAAAAAAUCACUGGUGCCAGCUCUUUAUAAGGUUAUUCAAGACCCAAACAAUGAGCUCCUGGAGCCUGUCUGCCACCAGCUCUUUGAACUCUAUCGUAGUUCAGAAGUUCGGCUAAAGAGAUUCACUUUGCAGUUUUUGCCAGAAUUGAUCUGGGUUUAUCUGCGUCUUACUGCCAGCAGGGAUAGACAGAGUAACGGUUGCAUUGAAGCAUUGCUUCUUGGGAUUUACAAUUUGGAAAUUGCUGAUAAAGAUGGGAACAAUAAAGUUUUAUCAUUCACCAUUCCUUCGUUAUCCAAGCCUUCAGUAUACCACGAGCCCUCCACUAUUGGAUCCAUGGCUUUGACUGAGGGAGCUCUAUGUCAGCAUGACCUGAUCAGGGUGGUUUAUAGUGAUCUUCAUCCACAGAGAGAAACCUUCACUGCGCAAAACAGAUUUGAGGUACUGAGCUUCCUUAUGUUGUGCUAUAACUCUGCUAUUGUCUACAUGCCUGCCUCCUCCUAUCAGUCACUUUGCAGGAUGGGCUCCAGGCUUUGUGUGAGCGGAUUUCCAAGGCAACAUGAAAAACGGUGGAAAGAACCUUGUGGCAGAGUGGUACUAGAUCCUGAAUUCAUGGUGCAGCUGCUUACAGGUGUCUAUUAUGCCAUAUAUAAUGGACAGUGGGAUCUUGGCCAGGAGGUGUUGGAUGAUAUAAUUUACAGAGCUCAACUUGAACUUUUCUCUCAGCCACUGCUGGUUGCAAAUGCCAUGAAGAACUCAUUGCCCUUUGAUGCCCCGGAUGCAUCGCAGGAAGGCCAGAAGGUGCUGAAAGUGGAGGUCACUCCCACAGUACCGAGAAUCUCUCGGACUGCCAUUACAACAGCUUCAAUCCGUCGCCAUCGCUGGAGGAGAGAAGAUGGCUUUGACUUCUCAAACGAGGCUGACUCGAGCAUUCCUGGCUCCCCGAUCCAACACGGCUCCACAGACCUAGGGAUCAAACGUGAGCAAGAGGGGGAGGUGCUGGUGCGCAGGACCCCUGAGCAUGGCUUACCGGAGUCCACCUUGGCAGCAGCCACAACAGAGGAUGUGGAGAGUGUAAAUGGAAGGGAGGAAUCCAUGAACCUCAAUGAUGCUGAUGAAGGAUUUUCAUCAGGUGCUUCCCUUAGCAGCCAGCCAGUUGGGACCAAACCUUUAUUGUCUACAUCCCAGAGGAGCAGCUUAAGAAAAACAGCAAGUGGGCGUUCUGCUAAAGAUAAAGAAACAUCUUCUGCCACUAAAUCCAGUGAGAGCCCUCGAGAUUCAGUAAUUCGGAAGCAGUACCUGCACCAGGCAACUGACUUAAGUGCAGAUGGAAUUGAGAUGACACCUACUAAGAAACACCUGAGCCUGCCAGCUGGGCAGGUGGUGCCAAAAGCCAGUAGUUUGAGCUUGAUCCGGACAGCCAGUGCUUCCUCCACUAAAUCAUUUGACUAUGUGAAUGGCAGUCAAGCAGGCUCCAGUGUUGGGGUUGUCACUGAGGAUGUUACUAAUCUAGCAGUUGGCAGUGUCAAUCGAUUUUCAACUAUCAGCCUACAGGAAGAUCAGCUAGGCCAAGCUGGGGACGGUAAAGAUCUCCUUACCCCAGGAGCUCCCCUGACCAAGCAGUCUCGAUCUCCAAGUUUCAAUAUGCAGCUGAUAUCCCAGGUGUAGCUUUGAUUCCCCUCCAAAUCCUCCAUCUUUCCCUUUAACCCACAUGAAGUUCAUCCUUGAGCAAAACAAGAACCUUCAUCCCAUGGUGUAAAAAUACUGACUGUUGUGAUCUUGUUUGAAUCGGUUUAGAUAUUAUACUGUAUUUUGUACUGAAACAGCAAUAAAUCUCUCCUCUUCCCCCAGUUCCCGCCCCUUGUAAACAUGGUUGUGAACCAGUAUAAAAUGUACUGUAUGCCUUUUCCUAUGCCUUCCUUUCUCCUUGGGUGAUGUGCAAUCCAUCGUAGGCCGAUCAGUCCCAUUUCAACACUGUGAGACUGGAGAUGUCAGCGGAAAUGGUGAAUGUGAUCCCUAUGAGAUGAUGCUUUGGCUUUUGUCAUGAAAUAGAAACGGGUUAGUUUUCUCAAUCUACAUUACUGCAAAGACUACUGGAUCGUGAUUUUUUUUCUUUCUCAGAACCAGGAGUGCCUCAGAGAUUCUAAUAUGACUUUGGACCUCUCUGAGUUUGUGCAAUCAAUUCUGGGGGAGGGGAUAGUUAUCAUUGCUCCUGGCUGUCUACUGCACUUUCUCAUUAAAAUGAGGGUAGUUCUUCUCUCUCCGAUCCGUACUCUUACCCCUGAAAUACUAAACGUUUAGAAAAUGAGAUGUGCAUAUGACCAAGUUGUUGCCUGCUCAGACAGAGAGGGCUGUGAGCUGAUGAUGAUGUAGGUUACAGUGCACUUUUAAUGGCGUUGUAGCCAUGUUUAAUGUUACAUGUCUUCCCUCCAGGACACAGGGUCAUUGUGAUAGGCUACAAUUUAGAAAGACUAUAUCCUUAAAGUAGUUCUGAAGUUGGAGGGGUACACACUUUCCCAGGAAUAAUAAACUAGUCCUAUUUUUAUGAGUUAAUGAUCACUGAAUUGAUUAAGUGUAUCUUCAGGUAAAGAGAGGGCUUCCUCAGGCUGAUUUUUAGUGUCAUGGUUACUGGAGAGACCCUCUCAGCUGCUUUCUAUAUAGGGUGUCCCUAAAUUCAGUCACAGUAUAGAUUCUGAAACUUACAUUUCAGACGGAUCAUUCUCCAAGGAGCUGUAUCAGAGACAGAGAUGAUGGUUUGUAGAAAUACUGAAGCUUCAAUGCUAAACACUUUUCUAGAAGCAUUGUCUGUACAAAGGGAUUAUUGACAGUCCUUUUCUCCCAGAAGGAUCACACUUCACUGCCUUGGUAUUUAUAACCCAUUGCAUUUUGUAAAUACUAUUUCAUAACUUAGUGGUGUGGAGCAGCCCAUCCUCUAGAAAACUCAGAACUCAUGCCAUUGAAACAAUUUUUGAAUGUAUGUGUUUGGUGUAUGAGCAGUGUUUGGUACUUAAGCUAGAGAGCACUGUUUAAAAGUACACUUCUGAUUACAAAGGAAAAUGUUCCCCAUAUCUUUGUCUCCAGUUUGCUUUUGCAGAGAAAAAGGAAAGUUUAACCUUUUUUUCUCUAUUGUAUUAUUACCUGGAAGUGUAUAGGUUACUAACUGAUAGAAAAGUAGACAAUUGCAAUCUUUUGGGGUAUGGGCACUUUGGCUUCAUCAUUUUCACUGUGAAAGAAUAUACACAGGUAGUUAAAAAUAACAGGUUAUAUUAAUGAUAAAGUUGUAAAGAAUUCUCAACUAUAAAGUAACAUUACAUUGUUAUUUACUGCUUUCUUUUAAACGUAACUGCUGAUUCUCUUUGCGUUUCAGCCCUCAUUUCAAAUAGUGUCGUCUUCAAAGCACUUUCACCCUCUUUAUUUAAACAAAGGAAGGAGUCUUUGUGGCUGAUAGGCUAAAUGGCCAAGUGGGCAUCUAAUCUUAAUAAUUCACUUUCGGAGAGGAAAGAUUGAGAUGAGAAUAAAACAGUAAUUGGCAAAGAGAAAAUAAUGUCUUUUUUUCUUCUUUUUUUUAAUAAUUGCAAUUAGCAUUUAAAUAUCACUUGUGAGCAUAAAUAGAACAAAGACCAAAUCGGGAGUAACUAUGAGGUAGAGCACCUGGGUAACACCAGCCUCAGGAAUGUCUACUAUGAAAAAUACUAAAACUGCUGUAUAGCAAGAGAUUGACCCUGGUGUCCGUUCAUUUUCUAGAGCACUAACAGUGGAAGCUGUGCCACAAUAGUUGUGCAGAAGUUUUGCUGUUUUUAUUUAAAGAGUAAAAAUGUUUCAUUUUGAACAGAUGAAAAACAGAAAAGGGAAUAUUUGUAAAGAUAAAUAGCCAUAACUGAAAAGUGAUAAGGACCAAGUUAUUGUUAUGUUAGGUUUUUGGGGCAGGAAUACAAGUCAGACUUAUCAACUGAGCUUGGAAGAAUUGCAACAUAUUUUUGUUGUGUAGUUAUAAACAAAACAUUUCCAUUUAUGUUUGGUAGCACUGUUUUCAGGUUCUCCAUUGACCACUGAAAACUCUCACUUAAUGGGUUUAUAACUCUCUUUUUAAAAUUUGCAUCAAGCCAUAAACUUAACAAAAGUUUUCACAUCAUAAUCCAUUUCUUAUACAAAAUGAAAUUAAAUGUGUUCAGCAAAAGUAAACAGUCCUGUGGUUUCAGAUGAGGAGUAAAAUUUGGGUGCUCAGAUCUGAAUUGUUUAAAAUCUUAGGUGUACAAAAAACAGCUUUGUGUUUAGUAAUCUUUUUGAUGGUGUGUCUUUUGGUGCAUCUUAAAAAUCAAAUCUUUUGUUAGCCUGCUUUUUGUGUAUAUAUAGACCUUACUUUCUCAAGUUUUUGAGAGGUCUACUCUAUUUUGGUUAGCAUCCCAAUUCCUUAUAGUGUACUGACACAAUACAUUAUAAUUUUUCCCAAGGACCCUUCAGGUGCUUUCUGAGUCAGACGUACUGACCGAUCAACAUCUUUCUUACGGAAUAACUAAUCCAUUAACGAUCAUGAAGGAGUUGGUUAUUAUAAUGUGUCAUGUCAUUUGAGUAUAUCAGUAGUGCCCUAAAAUGUGUCAGUCUAUGCCAGGGGGGAUUCAAGUGUGUAGUGAAACAUACUAGUACUGUGGCAGUAAUGGAAAUGGCUAUUUCUGGACUACAAACUGAAAGAAUUAACUGACUUUGGAGGAUGUGUUACAUGCUCGCGAUAAAUUAAAUACAAAACUAUGUUAAAAGAACUUUCUAAUGAUCGUGAGAGAUGCUUAAACUUAAAUCUCUUGAUACCUAACUGUCUUGGUAUGAUGGUGCAUUUGGUAUGUAACAUUAUGGACUAGUUUUAGACCCCUGUGACAUUUCAGUAUGGCUGCCGCAUACAAGAGAGAGUCAGAAAACCGACUGCUACAUUCACCUUCUUAUCUAAGCAUGUGUGCACAUGGCUCUUGGGUGAGGAACAGUGGGUACUGUAUGCAGGUGUGUGUAUAUAUACAUAUAAAUAAGGAUAAAUGUAUUAUCCCUUGAUUUUUAGUAUAACUAUAUACUGUUUUUACCACAUUACAAUAAUAUGCUGCCAUUUUGUAACUAAUUUUCCUGGGGCUUUAUAAUUUAAAAAAAAUACAAAAUUACUGGCUUGCUAAUCAAAGCUUUGAUCGACCUUUCUAGGUAUUUAUUCUAAGUAGCAUUUUGGUUGAACUGUGAGACAUUUUUCUACUGCAGGCAGCAGAGUGGCAAGUAAUGUUGGCUAAACUGAAUGUGCAACAUGAAGAUUAACUUUCUGUAUUGUCCCUUCAUUUAGCUUUCAGUGUAUUGCGAUGUUGGACCUUAUUGUACAUCACACAUACAAUUUUUGAAUAUCCUUUCUGAUAUGAUUUUUAAAAAGCUUUUUAGCAGUGUGAAGCUUGAAGUACCAUACUGUAAUAGUAAUUAUGAUAUCAUGGCAAGGAUGUGUCAUAUCUAUUUUGCAUACAGAAGUCACAGAUAUUUAAAUCUGUUUCCAACCUAGAUUCUCAUGUUGUUCUUGCUAGCUUUAAAGUACUUAAAAUCACAUGCUUUGACAUCAGAAUAGUGAGAAUAAUAUUGUUUUCUGAUAUUUUAUUUGCACUAUUUUUGUGAAUAGUAGAAUUUACUGGGGCAGGGUUUUUUCUCACCAUGUGAGGUUUAUUUGUGUGUGGGUAGAUGCAUACAUUUGUCACGUGUUGACAAUCAGUUGCCUCAAUUGUGUGUAUACUCUGUGUAAAUACAAAUGUGAGAUUAAGGGGUAAGACUCAUGACUAUAUAGUGGCAAAGCUACUGCAUAGUGGGGGUAACCUAUUUUCCACCCCUUUGUAUCUAUACUAUGUGGUUUGCUUUACAUUUUGACUAUUAGUAUUUCAUUGAAAAAUGUAGCGCAAGGAAAGUUUCUUCAGUACAUAGUGGAUUAAAGGUGUAUGAAAAUUAUAUUAUGAAGACUUAAUUUUGGAGCAGGUUAUUUUACACUACUAUGGCCAUGUUUAUAUCAAUAGCAUAAACUUAUUUUUGUCCUUUCUGAUAAAUCAGUGGCUGUCUGCUUUUCAUGUUUUCAGGUUUUGUUUUUUUUUUUAUUUUGUGAUGAAUAGACCUGAAAAAAAUUCUGAUAAAUAGAUUGAUCAUUUUAGUUGGAUUAAAAAGAAAUAAAAAAUCUAGUAGUAAACCAAAAGAAUCUGCAGAUCAGGUAGAAACUAAUAAUAGCUUCUCAAGAAAAGAAGCAGACUUAAAGUAAGCUUUAUAAAUUACUCUACACACAGGAUGGAAAUCUAUAAAUAGAACGAGCUAAAUAAGUUUUAUAUAUGCGCUGUACACAGAACAAAGAUAUUCUUAAUGUUCUUAAAAUUUAAUAAUCCAAACCUAAAUUGUUGCAAUCUCUCAUUGCCAAAGACAUUGUUACCUUAGUACAUUUAUCAUGGUGUUAAGUGCAUUAUUAUUGUUGCAUCCAUUGAUGCUAUCAAAGUAGUCUGUGUGGAUAGUGAAUGUGCAUUUUUUAUUCCGUGAGUUAAGGAUGGCUGCAAAACUCAACAGACAAAAUUUAAGAGUAAUUUAUGCCCGUUCAUUCCAAGUUUGCAUAAUAAAAAGCACAUAUUUGCUGCAAAUAGAUUAUGUAUUCCGUUUAUACUAGACCAUACCACAUGUAAUGUUUUAUUCAGUAUUUAAAUGUAAUGUUUGUUUGUAGGAGCUGGGCCUUAAUUGCCCUUGAUUAUCCUAGUUUAUUCCGUUUCCCCACAGCUCUUGGAUAGUCAUGGGUUUUUAUACUACACUAAAGUUUUAUUUUCAUAUUUUUGUGGCUGUAAUAUAAAUAUAUUAAUCCAUUUUUUCAAAAUUACUAUAACACUUGAUCAUCUGAAGCCCCAAAUUAUAUGGCUUUUACAUGAUGAUGGAAGAAAAUGAAGAGCUGUGGGGCAAAUUGAUUCAUGACUAGUUGGUGAAAAGAACAUGUUUUGUGAAGCUGGCAUACAUAUUUAUUUUCACAUGGCCAUUGCAUACAUUUUAAUAUAUAUUUUAAUGCAACUCCUACCUUAAUACUAGCUUGCAAAAUAUAGAACAGGAAGAAAGGAGGUGGCUAUAGCCACCUACAAAUAAAUAUACCUGAGAGUUGGGUAAGGGUUGAUGCUUGCAGUUAGAAUAGAUUCUGUUAAUUCUGUAGUCAUCCCUAGGUAUUGGAAACAAAAAUCCUCAGAUACAAUCUGUGGAGGAGAAAUUAAGUUUAAUGUGUGCAGCCUGUCCCAGGCUAAACAUAUAUAUAUAUAAUUUUUUUUUUUUUUUAGUUUUAGAAUUAAUGGCACAUUUCUUUGUUUCAUGAUUUGGUGUAUUUUUCUCAUGGUCUAGAAAAGUGAAUUCUAUCUUCACUAUGGGCAUCAGAGUUUACCAAAGAUAAUGUUCAAGGACCAAAAGUGUCUGAAAAAAGGUCCAUUCUUCAGUAAUUUGUCCCUCUCAUCUAAAUAAUUAGUUUUCUACACCUGUGAGGAAUAUUAAUGAAAACAGGCAUACAAUAAUUUUGAGAUUCUGACACAUUUUUAGCUAGAAGCUAGGGUUUUAAGUUCCUUAGCAUGAUAAAAAUUGACUUUGUUCCAUUUGUUAUUUUGGCAUAAAAUCCUAUUUAUUGGCUUAUAGUCAGUAAGAACUGAAUAGCUUGGCACAGAAGACCUUUUUUUAUUCUGACUGAAUGCAUCUAUCAAAGUAAAUUUAAAAUUCUGACCUUCCAAAAGAUUUUUACGUCUGGAAAAAUUCCAUGCAGAAAUGGUUUAAUUACUGAAAUGCCUACAAACAAGAGCAAAUAGUUGUAUUGUGUCUGUAACUGGGAUGACUAGAAUUUUAGGAAUCCCUGCCAGUAAGCCAAGACAGUGGG